AAAGGAUUAAAUGAAGCAUUUGAAAUUGAAAUGACCUAAGGUCGAUACUUAUUCUAAUCUAUACUAACUUUUUUCGCAUUUAAAUCGGGUAUCAAAGUACAAAACAGUGCAUUAUUAGUAAUUACAUAGAUUCGCGUGAUGUUUCGCGCGGAAAAAGAAUAAUUUGCAACGAAGAAACGUCACGGGUGGGUACGAUUGUCUCUCAAAGGUGAAUAUUACAAAUCAGGAAUAUGUUACAUUAAGUGUCAUGACCAUUUAAUUAAUCGAGCAGAGUACUUUUUAGAAAAAGAGUCUUAAACAAUUACUACAAACUUGGAUUAAACCGCAAGAUUUUAAAGAUAAUACUUUUUACAAGUAUUAUCUAAGAUCGGGUGCUUAAAUUUCACAAAAGGCAGAAGAUACCCUGUCAAUUAAGUGUCAGUAGGAAGAAUGACAUUUGGAUAUAAAAUUGUUUCUUGCGUUAGAUAGUAUAGUGUAAUUCAUUCCACCAGUUGUGAUAAGCUGAGAAAAGUAAAUUGCAAAAACCAAAAUUGGAUAUAUUUACCACAAUAUCCAGUUUCAGAAAAAGCAAAUUGGAAAAUUAAUUGAAAAUCGACGGACUUAUGAUGUAUGUGAGCCAGUGGGUGGAGAAAACGGAAUAAAGGUGUACCUCUUUCAUAAUGAGCGACAGGUAGACAACGGGAUUGUGAUGACUUUAUAUACCUCACAGGUACCGGUGUUUGGACACUUGAGUGGAGGUGGAGCCUAUUUGAUGUGUGUGACCAAAUAACUUGAGUGAACAAAUGUCUAUCAUCGAUCCUGGUUCGUUUAAUUUGAGUCCAUAGCGAAUGUACGUAUUAUUAUCAUGACAGGGAGGAUGUCUAUACACAGUUAGUGUAAAGUAUUGAACUACAAACUGAUGAUUCUUAUGAAAUAAAGGUGGAAAUUGUCAUAGCAAAUGUCUGGAGAUAUUUCGCUGAGAUUGUCGGGACUGAAGACAACAUCACGAUGACGACACUCCGGCGAGAUUUUGGCCAAUCAUUUAAAUCAGAGCUUCGAGGAAUUAUCGCAGAUAGUUAUAGUUGAAUUGCGAAAGAUUGAGAAAGUGAGACAGAGAAAUAUUUAUUAAUGCUUAAUAUACGAAUUGUUAACAAUAAACGUAUUAAAAAUUAUUUCAAUAAUGUCUUCUAAAUUUUUUGGUUAUUAUCAAAAAAGAUUUUUACAAGUUAAGUAAAUUACGAUAAUUAAUUAAAUUAAAUUUAGUUCUAUACAUAUUCUGGAAUUCGCUGUAAACACUGAUAUUAGUUAUAGUGUGCUUCGUCCAAAAACUAAAAAUACUCUUGAACGAAGUUUUAUCAGAAAAACAUGAAAAGUUAAUUUAAGACUGGAAUAUGACUUUUAUAACAUAAAACUGACUUCACAUAAAUGACAGGAGCUGUAAAAUUAAAAGAAGUCAGUGUUUUAAUCCUAAGUGCAGUGAUCAUAAAUCUGACAAAAUCGUUUAUACCUUGUGACUGACGUUCCUGAUUUAUUCCGAUCGGAAUGUUUUCAUCGAGAACUAUACGCUGUAUUCAAUCUAUAGCGAUUGUGAUAUUAAUAUUUACUGGAUAUACAACACCAUGUGGUCCGGACGUUAGGGCAGGAAAAAGUCGAAAGCGUGCUAAAAAGGCGACACCGUUUGUUUUCAAGCAACACGUGCCGAGUGUGUCAGAGUUUGCUUAUGGUGCCAGUGAGCCGGCGGACGGGGCUAUUCACAGAGAUGACCCGCGGUUUCAGGAUCUGGUUGAGAACCAUAACACCGAUAUUAUGUUUAGGGACGAGGAAAGGGAUGGAUCAGAUAGGAUUAUGACCCAGAGAUGUAAAGAAAAGUUGAACAUCUUAGCAAAGCUUGUACAAAUACAAUGGCCAGGGAAUCCUCCAGAAGUCCCGCCAGUCAAGGUCAAGGUCAAAGAAGCAUGGGAUGACAAUUUCAUGCAUGGAGAAAACUCUCUACAUUAUGAAGGUCGUGCGGUUGACGUGGCAACAAGCGAUAGAGACAGAUCGAAGUUGGGAAUGUUGGCCGGUCUAGCAGUGCAAGCAGGAUUUGACUGGGUGGAGUACGAAUCGCACGGACACAUCCAUUGUUCAGUUAAAUCAGAUUCCUCUGCAGCGGUCCGGACUGGAGGAUGCUUCUCUGGAAAGAACUUGGUUGAGAUUGAAAAUGGUGAAUCAAUAGCAAUGUCAGACUUACGCAUUGGAGAUCGCGUGUUGAGCAUGCGCAGUGAUGGUGUUUUAGAAUACAGUGAGGUUAUUAAUUUCAUGGACCGUGAUGAUUUCGGCUAUGGAUUAUUCUACACACUGUCCACGGCGUCUGGAAAAGAAAUAACGCUAACCGCAAAACAUUUAUUGUAUGUCGUAAACCGGAACUCCUCAUUUGAUGUUAAUAGAAUUGAAGCUGUUUUUGCUGAUAGUGUGACGGCGGGGCAAUAUCUGUUGCUAGGAGACAAAGACUCGAUAAUUACAACAAUUAUAACUAAAAUCACCGUGGAAACUCGGAGAGGGAUAUACGCCCCUCUGACAAAGCACGGUACAAUUGUUGUGGACGGUAUCAUAGCUUCAUGUUAUGCAUAUAUAGACAAUAUUAACAUCGCGCAUGCGGUUUAUGCGCCAAUGCGGGUCUACCAUGACAUAUCACAAGUUUUCGCGAUGUUUUCUUCUCCAACCGUUGAAAGUCGAAAUUCAACGAAUGUACCAACUGGUAUGCAUUGGUACGCCAAAUUCCUCUACAAAAUAGGUACCAAAAUACUAAGUUCUGACACUCUUUAUGUGCAUUAGUUCUAUUCUUCAAAUUAAUUUUAUUAAAUUUGAUUAUUGUUGUCACAAAGAGAAAACAGAUCAUUUACUGAUGUAAUGAGAUAUGUUGUUAUAGAGAUAUAUUUAGAUUAUGCAUUUAACACAAACAUGUUUUCUUCCAUAUUUUGAUACUCGGUGAUCACGUGUCAUCGAUAAGAUUAUACAUACAUGACCGUUGUUUUUGGGCUUUGUACUUUUUUAAAAUGAUUGAUCUAUCUGAUGCUGCGAUUUUUUUUUCAAGCAGUGAAUAACGUAGAAUACUAAGACAAUUGCAUACAGAUAAAUGCCAGAGAAACUUAAUAUUAUGUUAAUUCAUACUUUAAACAUGCUUUACCUUUUGUGUCAAUAUUUCAAUACACUUAUCAUGAAAAUUAUAACUUUUGAUGGACCAGUCUGUGUACUGUUUCAGCUAUCAUUUUUCAAAUACGUACAAUGAACUGUUGGAUAAUAACAGAGGAAAUAAACAGUAAGCAAUAUAGUAACUUUGACAAUAAAUGGACUAAUUUUCCGACAUUUGAAUUCAUUUUUAACUGCACAUCUAAGAAAAGAACUUUACAUAUUGAUAUGUCAAAUUCAAAUUCUGCCAAAUAUUCCAGUGGACUUUAAUCUCCAUUCAAAGUAAGAGGUUGAAAAGUCGUAAAACUUCAUGACCAGGCAUUCUCGCCUGACACUUUUACUGCCUUUUCCAGGAAGCGAACUCGAGCGUUAUUUAAACAUGCUUCAAGAAGCUAAAAUAAAUAAGUUUAAACUGACCUAAGUAAAGUUAAUGUUAUCAAUUGGCUGAAUACUGUUCACAAUACUCUAGAGCAUGUCAAAGUAUGCAGUAUUAGCUACACAGACAAUAAUAAAAACAAUUACAACAUAAUCUUGAAAACAUAAAUACUCAGCCACUUUUUCAGACUUUUUAAGAACUAUUUUUCGGCGUUUUGAGCUGUCUGUAUGAAAUUGUCACAAUGAAACCAUACAGUGAAACAAGUAGUGUUUACUAUUUUUGAAAUCCACUUAAAUUAUGAUGUAUAUAUUUAUGUUGCAUUAGUUAAAUAUAUGUAAAUAUGAGCACCAAGUGUUGAAUGAGUAAAGGGACAUAAUUGUACAGAAGAUAAGCACGACAUAGUUGUUUCCCUUGAAUGUCUGUGAUCGUGAUGUUAUUUAUUUUUUGUUGCUUAUACAUUCGCUUUUUUGAAUUUAAGAAAUCCAGUAAUUCAGCAGAAAUCCAUAUACUUAUCCUGAAAUGUUUUAAGUUUAAACUGAUUCACAAUUUCAUUACUUUAAAACUUCAAAUUUGCAUGCCAUCUUUUUUUUUCGUUUCCUUUAUAGUGUUAACUAAAAAUUGAUUUGAAAGUACUGUACGGCUAUCAUUUAGUUAUAAUUUACGAGUCCCUUGAACUGUAUAUCUGUGAAACAGAACAGUAAGAAGCUGAAUGAUAUUAAACUUCCUUCGUUUGAGCCGCGCCAUGAGAAAACCAACAUCCGCGCAGUCUGGUCAGGAUCCAUGCUGGUCGCAAAGCCACUAUGUUGGUUUUUUCAUGGUACGGCUCAAAUUUUAAUACUUAUUACAAUAAAGUAAGUAUAUUUCAUGAAAAAGCUUUCGAAAAGCCCCUACAAUGUUUGUUAGUAUAAGUAAAAACUGUUUUCUUGAGAUAUAUAUGUUAACCUUAUUGUACAUAUUCAAGUAAAUGGACCGAAAAUUGCAAAAAGCAGUGUAAAAAACUUUUGCACCAAUUCUUGAUUGUUUGUCCUAAAGGUCUACGUUUUGGAACGGCUUCGUUUUUGUAUAAUGUGUUUUAGGAGUGGACCAAUAGUAUUUUUUAAAACGAAUCUCUACAAUUUCGGGUAUUUGAAAUUUUUGUAAAACUUGUAGAUACAUUUAAUAGGUCCAAAUGUUAUUUAGCACUGUUGAUUAUAUAUACAUGGAAAACGUGGGAUUUUAACAAGUGUACGGGAAGUUAUUGCCCUAUCUUUAAAAUGAAUAAUUUUGUCAUCAACCCGAAAUAGAACGAUUGUUUUUAUACUAAAUUAUCUUUUAUGACACAUAAUUGUGUAAUAUUACGUUUUUUGUUAAUUUCAUCACCCUAUCUACCCAUUCCAUUAAGCUCAUCGAUUCUGCAUCAUAUAUCAUUUACUAUUUUGCUUCGCACGCAUGCAAUUCAUCGUUCAUUGUCUUCUGGUAGAUUAUUGACUGGCCCUCCAUUCAAUAAGAGUAUAGUUUAUAUCGUUUUUCAUCUUUGGUACAACGGUUGGUCAGUAAGUAAUAUUAACUUUUAUAGUUUUAAUAACCUCCUUUCCUGUGUUUUCACAAAGCUGGGACGUAUAAUACAAUAUUUUAGGUACCGUGAUAGAAGUCUGAUAUUUUAUACUAAAUGAUUUACGAACCGGAUGUCUUAAUGGUUUCAAAAGUUGUUACCGGCCUUGCGUGGAUAUUUUUUUUAUUCUUUAUAAAAUGUUUACCUAAUGCCACAAAUAUUUAUUUGAGAUAAAAUAUCUUUUAGUUUGUAUUAAAAGUUUAUUACGUAUACAUCCGAAUAGAAUAUGUAAAUUUGACUGUAAAACGGAAAGUUAUUGUAAUACGCUGCUUUUCUUUUAUAUGGACAACCUUGAGAAAUUUUUAUUUCUUCAAACCACAUGAUACAUUUAUACAAACAAUAAAUUCAUCAGUCAGACAGCCUGUCUAUAUUUUGUAUAAACCUCUCUGUUUGUCCUAUAUAAAACAAUAAUAAAAAUGUAAGUGACUUUAGGCUAUUUUAAUAAAUCUGUGAUUAUUUAUUCAAGUAUUUUAAAUGAAACUUCGAAAUCGAUUUACCGUUGCUUUUGAAAUGAACAUUGAGAUUAAAAUGACUUGAUCUGUUGUCGUAGCAAAGUGAAUGAUUAUUUUUUAACUGGACGGUGGGGUGGGUUUGGGCACGGGUGGUCAGUAUUUCAUGAACAUCAGCUUUAUAAUGCAUAUGGUUAAAAAUUCCAGAACAUGCAGUGUAGAAUUUUUGUUGCACUACAAUUUUAUCAGAUGAGUUACAGUUGUUGUAGAUAAAGCCUCUUCAAGAUUUAGACAGUCUGAUUUCAGGAGGCUAAUUAAGCAGGUCUGAUCCGUAGAAAAAAGGUCUUUUAGCAUAUGAGCACAUCAUGAGCAUAGCUAAAAAUCAUUAAAAAUGUUCAACCAGAAUCUGACAGUGUUUCGAAAACUUCACCAGUUAUAGUCGAUGUUGACUAAGAGUAACAAAAUAAAUAAGUGUAUGUAAUAGUCAACUAUAUUUUUUGGUGGAUUGUCAGUCAAAUAUUUCGAAGGUAAUUUGUAGCAAUUGUAAAUUCAUCAUUUUCAGAUAUUGGGUGAAAAUUUUUGAUAACUGUUAGCUGUGCUCAUGGUAUGUAACAAUCAUCUAGUGGACAGAGCCGCUUCUCUUGUUUUUAGAAUUAUCUUUGUUAUGUGGAUUACCAUAAUAUGCAUAAUUUAUUACUGUCAAAGGUUUACUGAGCAUUGGAUAUGUUCGUUUUUUGCUGAAUUUUUAUUGUUUUUGUAGCCAAAAAAAGUUCAAAGUUAUCAUAUUUCAACAAUAUGUGUUUGUAAUCAUCGCAGCAGUCAUUUCGUUUAAACACAAUGCUAAAACAUAAUGUUAGGAAUUUAAAAUAUUUUAUAAUACAGACACUAAUUAAAUCUUACUCAAAAUUAAUACCUUUUUUACUUAUUUAAAUUUUUAUUUGAUGAAUUUUUGUAAGGCAAUAUCUCAAAUAUGAUUUGAAUGGUGCAAUUUUACAUAUAUAAUAUAUGUACCAAAAAAAAAACAA